AUAAGCGCCCGUUCAGCGCGUAGCUCAUUUUAUUUUUUUCUCGCCGUACAUCCACUCUAUCCCCUAGGCGCUGCUUGCGACCUCUCGCUAUACCAUUCACCUAUAUGUAUGCCAAGAAUCUCCGCGAAUGGAGCCCUUUGCGACCCUCCAGGACCUGUACUUAGAUCCGCUCUUGCUGCCGCUUUCACUUCCCAAUCGGGGACUCGCGCCUGUUCCCACUUCUCACCUCUCGCCUCUCGCCUCUCUAUCUCGGACCUCAGCCUUCCUCACCGCGCAUUCCUUGACAUUUUCAAGUAUCGUACGUGACCUUGAAGGGCGGAGAGGCUGUUGUUCAUAUGUGCGGUCGGACGUUGAGGUCGUCAGUCUCGAUGACCGACCGCACUGUGUUGUUCACGGUGCGGUCUCUAGUCGAUCUUUCUCCUCUUUCCUCCUCUGGAAAUCUGAGUUGUACUCGGAAAUCCACGCACUUUUCAACCUUAGACUUCGGUAAGAACGUGGUCGCUCUUCCCCAGCGUGCCGUCUUCGACUUCGCGGCAACUACGAGCAUGCCCACGCGUACUGAACGGUCACGGUCCUCUCUGUUGCCCACGGCAUACGAAUGCGAGCCCGCGCUGUCGUUCACCCCGAACCAUCGCCCUUCCAGCGC